AUGUCCUCAUCCUCAUAUCAGCCGUCGUACUACUUACCAGCAGCUUCAGCAUCUGCUGCAGCUACUGUCGACCAGCUCAGAAGUUGCUUACAGGCUGCAGCCAUGAGUACAGUACCAUCUAAUUCUAACAGUUCUACACCUUUUUCAAUUGAAAAUAUUUUAUCUGCCCGAAUACCUUUUGCUAUUCCUCAGCUGCCACUUAAUGAGAUGUUUCCUCAGCCCUGGACAGCGUCAAUACCUGCACCAUAUAUUUUCCCUCCAAAUCUCAUGACUGCCAAUCAGUUUAUGCCGAACUGCUUUCCUACCUUUCAUUUUUCCGGAAAACGAAAGAGAAGGCAUCGAACUAUUUUUUCUGAAGAUCAACUGAACAUUUUGGAAGAGACUUUCACCAACACCCACUAUCCCGAUGUAGCCCAACGUGAGAAGCUUGCCGUCCAGUGCGAUCUGAAGGAAGAGCGCGUCGAGGUCUGGUUCAAGAACCGACGAGCCAAGGAACGAAAGCAGAAUCGCGAAUCUACGAGUCUUAAGUCAAGCGGAUCUUAA